UUCGGAUAGAGCUGAUCUCUUUGGUUGAACACGAAAUCUCUAAAAACAUGAAAUGGCUUGCUGUGAACCCUGUUGUGACCAAUAAAAGUGCAUUUCCGUCCACAUUAUUCUUUCUGAAGAUACGCAUACUACUACUACUUAGACGGAGUACUCCAUCGGGAUUUGAUAAAGGCCUACGGCAUUCGCUUCCAAAUUCAUUCUACUGGUACAGCUGGAAAGUUCCAUAUCCUUCCGCUCACAAUGAAUAUCGGCUCGGGCAUCGCGUUGCUGGGUUUGGCACCCGUGAUCUGUGAUAUUAUUAUACUCAACUUGGUGGGGUCAAAGAAGAUAUAUCAAAAGGCCAAGUUUGAAACUAUUGCUGAAGAACAACAGUUGAUUGCAGCACGCCGUGAGUGUAAGGUGAAACCGGGUGACCUUCCAAAAUCCUCCAAGAAGAAGAAAUUUAGCGCAGAAAGUGAGUCCCAUUCACAAGAGAAUCCUGAAAGCAAUGCAGAUAUCAUCCCCUCAGGGGACCAAAACAUUGUCCCGUAAACCUUUUAUCCGCGCCGGAACACAUUCCCCAGUUUACUGUGUACUUCAAGCGUCUGCUGUGACUAAAUUCAAAUGUGGCGGAACGUGGACCUAGUUGCUUCUGUAUCCUGCCUUUAUCUUAAUUAUUCUACCUUUGUUAACUCCAAAUGACUUUGGUGAUGUAUUUUCUGUUCCACAGAGAUGCACAAUUCAGAUGUACUCAUGUUAUGUGUUAUAUGUUCGACUGUGUAUAUUUAACCACUCUCUUGUGACUACCUGGAU